UAGUAUAAAUAUGGCGAGCAUUUACAGACGUGUAUGGAGUCACAUCCCUAGAUUAUCAAAAACAAGUUUUUCGCAAGUUGUACUAGGGUACAGAAAUCGUUUCCAAUGCGUUAAUAAUACUCUAAUAUUUAGUGCUUCUUCAUCAAAUGUUACUGAAAGAAUCGAGAAAAAGAGAAACGAAGCCUUAGUAGGUGGGGGGCUGAAACGAAUUAAACGUCAGCACCAGAGGGGAAAGUUGACUGCAAGAGAGAGAGUUCAUCUUUUGCUUGAUGAGGGGUCAUUUAUUGAAUAUGAUAAGUUCAUGCAGCAUGACUGUAGGGAUUUUGGAAUGGAAGAUGAAGAGAAUAUGUUUACAGGUGAUAGUGUUGUCACUGGUCAAGGUUUAAUAAACGGAAGAAUAUGUUUCGUCUUCAGUCAGGAUUUUACUGUGUUCGGUGGAAGUCUUUCUGGAGCUCAUGCUAAAAAGAUAUGCAAGGUUAUGGAUAAAGCUAUGCUAGUUGGUGCUCCAGUUAUUGGAUUAAACGAUUCAGGUGGAGCCCGUAUUCAGGAAGGUGUAGAGUCUCUUGCAGGCUAUGCGGAUAUUUUUCAGCGGAAUGUGAUGGCAUCCGGAGUAAUUCCUCAGAUUUCAGUGAUUAUGGGACCUUGUGCAGGUGGUGCUGUUUAUUCCCCUGCUAUAACAGAUUUUACUUUCAUGGUAAAGGACACUUCAUAUCUUUUUAUAACUGGACCUGAUGUUGUCAAGUCAGUGACGCAAGAGGAUGUCACGCAAGAAGAACUUGGUGGCUCCAAGACACAUACUUCUACCUCAGGAUGUGCUCAUGGAGCGUUCGAAAAUGAUAUCGAGGCUUUAUCAAUGAUCAGAGAAUUAUUUAAUUUCUUGCCACUUUGUAAUAAAGACCAAACACCUGUUCUAAGAGCAGAUGACCCACCAGAUCGGCUUUGUCUCAGUUUGGACACAUUGGUUCCAUUUGAUUCUGAGAAACCUUAUGAUAUUAAAGAUGUUAUAUUUAAUAUUGUGGAUGAAGGUGACUUUUACGAAAUCAGUCCUACUUAUGCCAAGAAUAUUGUGACUGGUUUUGCACGAAUUAAUGGUCGAACUAUUGGAAUUGUGGGGAAUCAACCGUUAGAAGCUGCAGGCUGUCUGGAUAUCAAUGCAUCAGUAAAGGGUGCACGAUUUGUAAGAUUCUUGGAUUGUUUCAAUAUUCCUAUAAUAACAUUAGUGGAUGUACCUGGAUUUCUUCCAGGUUCUCAUCAAGAACAUAGCGGAAUUAUUCGUCAUGGCGCUAAACUGUUGUAUGCUUAUGCAGAAGCUACUGUACCAAAGAUUACAGUUAUAACCAGAAAGGCGUAUGGAGGAGCUUAUGAUGUCAUGAGCUCAAAACAUCUUCGUGGGGAUUUCAACUACGCCUGGCCUACCGCAGAAGUCGCCGUAAUGGGAGCUAAGGGAGCUGUAUCCAUUAUCUUUCGCGAUGAUCCUGACUUGGAAAAAUGCGAAGAAGAAUAUAUAGAUAAAUUCGCCAAUCCUUUCCCAGCGGCUACUAGAGGUUUUGUUGAUGACAUAAUUGAACCUCGAACAACAAGAAUGAGAUUAAGUCGUGACCUGGAAACAUUAAGUACCAAGGUGUUGAAUAAUCCUUGGAAAAAACAUGGGAAUAUCCCCCUCUAAAGUAAAAACACAUAUAAAUAUGGAAGCUUUGUGUGUUAAAUUCAGAAUAUUAAUCAUGCAAAUGACCAUAAAGUUGAACCAUAUAAGAAAUUUCCGCAUUUAAUUUAUUAGCUAUUCGUGUAGAUCAAAGAGACAGAAAGCUCGUAUUUUAGAACUGCCUGACGUAAAGUCGAUUAUUUUAGCGACUGAAAAACCACUAAAUCCGAUGGAUAGCGCUAUCUGGCCUUUGUAUGCAAAAUUCAAAAGGCCCCUGGUUGUUAAUUUGGCAAUAUCUUAUUAUUGUACAGAGAGUAAAAAAAUGAUGAACAACGGCCCCAGU